AUGGAUUAUAUGGAUGUGCGAGGUCGGUAUAAGAUACCCGAAGAACCGGCUAGUUAUUUUGUGGAUGAAGUCAAUUUAUACUUUCGGGGUGUCCAAGUAGACAAAAACCGUAAAGACCAUCUGGGGAAAGAAGACUUCGCCGCUCUGGCUCGUCAUUUCGAUAAAAAAAUAUUUUUCAGUGUCCAACGCACCAACCAAUUAUGGGUCGCGAUAAGAGAUAUCGCCAAUAUUUAUAUCAAAGUUAAAGGUAUUUACACGCCGUUAUUCCUCCCUUGGUGUAAUGUGUUAAGAAUUGAAGUCUACGAAGACAUUAAAUUAGCCGAAGAAUGGUCCUCCAAUAUGGCCCCUUACCAAAAAGGUGGUUUUUUCUCCUUUUUCAGUGGUGGUGAUUUUGAACAAGCCAAAAAAAGAUUAAACAUUAAAGAAUAUAAAGUGUUCUUAAAGAAAAAAGACUUCCAAAAUUACGACACUAAAUUCUUUAAAGCCUUAUUGCCAUUAUUAAAUAAAAAUAGACCAGAAUUCUCCGUUCCUCCGGGUAAAAUUCCUGUUCCUGAUGCCUUAAAAGACGUUAUCAAAGAUAAAUUCUUUAUCGUGGAAGAAAAACCCCAACCUACUUUCUGA